AUCACGGCAAACGUGUAGGCAUACAGCUUAUCUACACUUCAAAUGAGAGAUCUUUUGCGAUGUUAUUGAGGAUAUUUCGUCAGAAGAUAGUUUGGGCAUUUAGACUGUCAGAAUCAGGCAGAAAUGUAAUCGACAUCGAUGUGACAGUGGUUUAAUGCUGGAGGACCAUUGUUAAUUCGGUAGGAGAGUUUUUGAAAAUGAAAGCAUGCUCUCUCGCGGUGAUUGUGAUCAAUGUUGUGGCUCUGCUGUCGUCCUCAGUCCUUGAGUGCUGACAUUAUAACAGGGUGGUAGUUGUGAAACGUACUUAAUACAUGAUGGCAACAUAUUUGAAAAGGAGCGGGAAAUGAGAAAUGGCUGACAGGUCAGUAGACCAGCUCUGCAAUGCCUCUGCCAGUGGAAACCUACCUGAAGUGUUGUUUUUCCUGCAAAAUGGAGCAGAUGUCAAUGGAUUUAAUAGAUUCAACAGAACUUCUGUGCAGGUGGUCCAGUUGGGAAACGUCGCCGUAGUUGAGGCUCUUCUCGAGGCGGGGGCAAACCCGAACCUGCGCGACCCGGCAUGCGGUCUCACCGUAACCCACGACGCAGCGCGCGAGGGAUUCGUAGAUACUGUGCGCGUGUUGUUGGACCACGGGGCAGAUGUGAACCUCGUGGAUGACCAAGGUAACCUGCCGCUGCACCUGGCCGCCAGGCAGGGACACCUGGAGGUGGUCCAGCUGCUGAUUGGACGCACUGCGGAACCCAAUAUGUUCAACAGCCAAGGAUGCACCGCCGGGCAGCUCGCGAGCCUCCACCAGAGGACGAACACUGCCGCAUACAUCGACGAGUAUCUGAGUUCACUCUAGAGGAGAGGGAGGAGGAGGAGGAUGAAGAUGAGGACCUGGAGUUUCAUUGUUCUGGACUCUUUAUUGAGAGAACUCUUUUCUCAUGCUUCUGCCUUUCAGCUCAUGCAUUUUUAAUAUGCCGAUACUUUAACAUUUGGUUUUAUAAAAUCUCUAUUUUGUUCUAUUCAAUCCCACAAUGACCUGAUAAAUCUGCUUCAAUUAGAGACAUUGUUGUUUCUGGCUAUUUACACAUUUAUCCACAUUUGCAUUUGAACAUUUGUUGUUUGGAAAGAAAGGGGAGAUCAAACUCAAAUUUUGAAAAAACUUGCUAAUUCUGGAUGCCAAAAAUACAAAGUAUGCAACACAAUAGCAUAAGUUAAUAUAUAGGUAAUAAUAGAACACAAUAGUUUCUUGGAUUCUGUCAAUAUCUGAGCCACCUAUAUUCUCUUAUAUACUCAAACUCUUGGUUUGCAAUAUUUUCCAUAUCCUCAUAGUGUGAACAUUACAAAGAAAGCCUCAGACAGUUAUAUAUGCUCAAAAAAAUAUUUUGUGUUCUAAGUGCAGAGACAUCUGUGGCCCAGGAGGUAGAGCCCAUCAUCCACUACUCAUAUCGAAGUGUCCUUGCUUGAGAUAUUGAAUUGCUUACUGAUGGUUGGGCCAGCACCUUGCAUGGUAGCUUGCUGCCCUUGGUGUGUGAAUGAGCAGCAAAAAAACUGUUAAACACUUAAGUUGAGCUACUGCUGCUAUGUUUGAGAACACUUCAAACCAAUAACACUUAAUGAACUCUGUGAAGUAUUAGGUGCACCUAAUAACUCUGAAUCAGAUGAAGACGGUUCAGAGGAGUUCUGUACAAAAUGUGACAUUAUUUCCCAUAAAGCUGUGUUUUAAUUUGUUCCAUUUAUCUAAAAUGAGGCAAAGCAUAGUAUCACUAAGUGAGACUGACAAUAUCCAGAGUUAUUAGGUGCACCUGUACAAUCUAAAACAAUUCAACACGUCAGUCUUACAAUAUAACCUACCAAUAUGAAGUUUGUAAUGUUUAGCUUUUUAUGACACUGUCCAACAAUUGUUGAUUCAGCUCAUAUUGUUGAAAAACAUAAGGACGACAAAAUGUUAUAAACACUUCUCUCUUUUUCUUUCUCCGCUGCUUAAUUAACAUGAAUGUUAAAAUUGCAAAUAUUGCCAAAGCAUCAAGUGUCUAAGUGAUAAU